GAGGAUCGUUUUGAAGAACUAACGAGAAGGCUUCAGGCGGAGCGAGAGACGAUAUCGCAGCACGCCCGGCCGACACUCAGCCCCGGAGCAGACUCGGACACCGCCAGCAGCAUGGCCAGCAUCACCAGCACCGACGACAGCUUCCGUUACCAUGGCAACCACAACUACAAUCACCCCCACAACAACAGUAGCAGUGACCAGCCUCCUCCUCCUUACCACCAUCACCAACAACAGCAUUCCAACAACAACAACGACGACAACAGCUUUCAGCAGCCGCUGCCUGGCCACAGUCCGGACAGCUCCAAGAUGAGCUCGCACCUGCUCGAUUCCUGCCUGUGAGUAGUGUAGACAAACUGCGCCUGCUAGACAAAGGACAUCCCUCCUCCCUCCUGACCCCACCUUAUCUGGUAGACAAAGAGGACAGACAGACCCGGCCCCCCCCAACCCCCGUCUCCCUCCUUUGUUUCUUGCCUGUGAGUAGUGUAGAUAAAGUGCGCCUGCUAGUCAUCAAAGAGGACAGACAAUCCCUGCCCCAUCUCUUUU